CCUCCUGCAGCCCCCUCCCCAGCCUUCGGGGUGUGUUUCCCCCACACCAGGCUGACCUUGGCCCCCGCCUCUGAUUGCUGAGGGUCUCCCCUCGUGCCUCCCAGGCCGGCCCCCUCUGAGCCCACACCGCGCUCCCCAGUGCCCGGGGGAUGCCGGCCGCGUCCUUGGGCUCCCGCAGCGCGCUCCGCCUCCGCGCCCCCCUCCACCGCUGAGCCCGGGCCGGACCCCCUACCCCCCGACGGCGGCCGGCAGCCAAGAUGUGGCUCAAGCUCUUCUUCCUCCUGCUCUACUUCCUGGUCCUGUUUGUGCUGGCCCGGUUCUUCGAGGCCAUUGUCUGGUAUGAGACGGGCAUCUUGGCCACCCAGCUGGUGGACCCCGUGGCGCUCAGUUUUAAAAAGCUCAAGACCAUCCUGGAGUGCCGGGGCUUGGGCUACUCCGGGCUCCCUGAGAAGAAAGAUGUUCGAGAGCUGGUGGAGAAAUCCGGAGACCUGAUGGAGGGUGAGCUUUAUUCUGCGCUCAAGGAAGAAGAAGCGUCGGAGUCUGCCUCUAGCACCAACUUCAGUGGUGAAAUGCACUUUUAUGAGCUCGUGGAAGACACCAAAGACGGCAUUUGGCUCGUGCAGGUCAUAGCGAGUGACAGAAGCCCGCUAGUGGGGAAGGUCCACUGGGAGAAAAUGGUGAAAAAGGUGUCCAGAUUUGGAAUACGCACAGGAACCUUUAACUGCUCCAGUGAUCCCAGGUAUUGCCGGAGGCGCGGCUGGAUACGCUCAACCCUCAUUAUGUCUGUGCCCCAAACCAGUACCUCAAAAGGAAAGGUCAUGCUCAAGGAGUACAGUGGGCGCAAGAUGGAGGCAGAGCACAUCUUUAAGUGGAUAACUGCACACGCGGCAUCUCGCAUCAAGACCAUUUACAACGCAGAGCACCUGAAGGAGGAGUGGAACCGCAGCGACCAGUACUGGGUGAAGAUCUACCUGUUUGCCAACCUCGACCAGCCGCCGGCCUUUUUCUCCGCACUUAGCAUCAAGUUUACCGGAAGGGUUGAGUUCAUCUUUGUUAACGUGGAGAACUGGCAGAACAGGAGCUCAAUGACUGACAUUGGCAUCUACAGCAUGCCAUCAUACAUACUGAGGACUCCAGAGGGCAUUUACAGAUACGGGAACAACACGGGUGAGUUUCUGUCCCUUCGGGCCAUGGACUCCUUCCUGCGCUCCUUGCAGCCCGAAGUCAAUGAUUUGUUUGUCUUAAGCUUGGUGCUGGUCAACCUUAUGGCCUGGAUGGACCUGUUCAUCACCCAGGGCGCUACCAUCAAGCGGUUUGUCGUCCUCAUCAGCACUCUAGGGACGUAUAACUCCCUCCUCAUUAUUUCCUGGCUGCCUGUGCUGGGCUUCCUACAGCUCCCUUACUUAGACAGCUUUUAUGAGUACAGCUUAAAAUUGCUGCGGUAUUCCAACACCACGACGCUGGCUUCCUGGGUGAGGGCUGACUGGAUGUUUUACUCUUCACACCCUGCCCUGUUCCUCAGUACGUAUCUUGGACACGGCUUACUAAUUGAUUACUUUGAGAAGAAGCGGCGCCGCCACCACAACCCUGAGGAAGUGAACGCCAACAACCUGGAGUGGCUGUCCAGCCUGUGGGACUGGUAUACCAGCUACCUCUUCCACCCCAUUGCUUCUUUCCAGAACUUUCCUGUGGACUCGGAUUGGGACGAAGACCCCGACCUGUUCCUCGAGCGCCUGGCUUUCCCAGACCUGUGGCUGCACCCUCUGAUACCGACUGAUUAUAUUAAAAACUUGCCAUUGUGGCGUUUCAAGUGUCUUGGAGCGCCUUCAGAAGAGGACACGUCAGAGGGUUCUCAAGAGCCUGAAAACGACUCGGACGGUGAGAACAGUGACACUUUCGCCAGGGGGACAGAAGUGUCUGACCACCAGCCCAGCCCCGCCAGCCCUGCUCCUGAAGGAAGUCAACAAAAGAACGAAGCUUGCUCGUGUGCCGGCAGAUACUGUCAGACUGAUCCCCGCGACAGGGGACGUCGUGGGUCGCACGGGUCGUAUGACGCAGGUGAAGAUGGGGAGCCCGACUGGCUGGCCUGGCCCGCCGCCAUGUUGCACUGUACUGAAUGUGUGGUCUGCCUAGAAAACUUUGACCAUGGCUGUUUGUUAACGGGCUUGCCCUGCGGCCACGUGUUCCACCAGAAUUGCAUCGUCAUGUGGCUGGCCGGGGGCCGGCACUGCUGCCCUGUCUGCCGGUGGCCUUCUUACAAGAAGAAGCAACCACGUGGACACCCCCCACCCUUGUCGAAUGACACCCCGUCCUAACGUGUGGCGCUGCCCUCUGUAAGCCUUGACUCACAUAGGGCUCGCCUUGUCAAUGUUUUUGUGGUUUGAAGUUUAGUUUAAUGUUAGUGCAGUGACCAGAAAUAUACAUUAUGCUAACGUUAAUGGCAGAAUUAUUUGGUUGCCUUGUGUGUCAAAAUGGAAUGCAUACUUAAUUGUACCAACUUUUAUUUACAACAUUGGAAACUCAGCAGUUGAUGUUUU